AUCGCAGUUUUCUUUGUGUACGGAUGUGAAAAGUUCGAGGGGAAGUGCCCGAUUUAAGCCAGCCGUCUCUAGAUUUCUGUGUGGCCAUUAAGGAUAGGAAAGAAAGCUAGCCAGUAGCUGUUGGCAUCGGUGCCCCGUUAAUUGUUGUGACCAGAGAAGUAAACGGUGUUUGUGCGGGUUUGUGCAUUCUUUGGGUGAUGUUUGGUCGCGCCCUGCAAUUAGAGUGAUUUUCUUUUUGGGUUGAAUUGUUCCCCGGUCUCAGGGAGGAAGAUUCUAAGUGGAGGAAAAAGAUUCAUAACAGAAUUGUGUGUGUGAGGUUCCGAAAAUUUUGCAAAUUGCUGUGUACAAAUUCGGAAAUUAUCUUUGUGAUAAGAGAGCAAAAGUGGCUCGGUUGCGAGCAAAUGCAUUUCGAUUGAAAUAGCAAGCUACGGAAAAAAUGGUGUAACGCAACGAGAGAGAGUGAAAAGAAAUUGCGCCACCGCCUACUUUUUGCCACAAUCGAGAGGAAAAUUCAAUUCGAUUUCAUCAAAAGGUGGCACGGUGUGCGUGUUUGUGUGUGCGAUCGCGGAUUACCUCCUUCCGGGAGUCUGGCAGUGUUUGGCCGUGAAUGAAAAAAGAAACACCCCCACCCACGAUGAUGAUGCUGGGCUGCAGAAAGGAUUAACUUGGGAGCAGCAAAUUAUGGGCCCUCCUCCGAGCGGUGCACGCCCAUAAAAAGUGUCCUAGUGACGGGCCUUGGGGCAAUUGCAACGCGCAAAAGAAGAACCCAAGAUUUGCAGGGGCGGCCAGCAGCAGCUGUUUGGCGGUUUGGUGGCAAGAAUUUCGCUCGCGAGGAACCAUCAUUCCCCGUUGCCAUAGCUGCCAACUAGCCCCCGGAGAUUUCAUCUGUGACGGCAACGAAAAGGAAGAAAACAAGUGGUGAAUGAAUGUUCGUGUGUGUAUGUGUGUCUGUUGGUGUGCAAUCACACACAAACACAGAUUAGGUGAGAGGUGAGAGCAGAAAAUAGAAAAGGGAUAGUUUAGAUAUAAUUUAAAGCCCGAGCGCGGUGCAGCCACCCAGCAACGACGAAGAACGCCAGCAGCAAGAUGACGGACAAAGUGACCAAGUUCGAGCGAAUGGCCAUGACCAAGCCUGUUCCGAUGAAGCUAUUUGCGGCCUGGGAAGUAGAUCGAACGCCCUCCAACUGCAUUCCAAGAUUAUGUUCCCUGACGAUAACGCGCCUCUCGCUGCUCACGCCACUGCCGCCCGAUCUCACAUCACUCUCCCUGGCGGUCAAAAUGCAAAGUUCCAAGCGGACGCUUCGCUCACACGAGAUUCCGGUGCCCCAGUCGUUGAGCACCGGGUACGGCAGCAGCAGCCUCGGUGGGCCCGGUGUGAUAGGCCAAAGUGGCCAGCUCAAUUCGCCGCCGCUGCUGGAAACAGAACUCGAUCUCCACUUUAGUCUACAGUAUCCUCACUUUAUCAAGCGGGACGGUAACCGGCUGCUUAUUCUGCUGCAACGGCGGAAGAAGUAUAAGACCCGUACCAUUCUGGGGUACAAAACACUCGCCGAGGGUGUCAUCCGGAUGGACGCGGUCCUGCAAAAGUCCAUGGACAUGACCGUCGAGUUGAACGGAUCUGGGAAAGCGGGUCGCCAGGGAUUGACCAUCGCGACGCUCCGUGCCACACAGGUCUCGUCCAUUCCGGUGGAUCAGGACAACAAGAACAACAACAGUCUGCUGGUGACGGAUCGUGUCAACGAAUACUCCGACGAGGACGAAGAGCAAGAGUUCAGCUCCGGUGACGAGAAUGACGACGGACUUUCGGGGUAUGCGGCCAAACGGAACUACGCCGGAAAGCGUGACACGUACAAAAAGUUUGACCGAGGCGACAACGACGGCGAAGGGGACGACGGGAAUCUGUUGCCCUCGAACCAGGUGGACAGCGACAGCGAUUUCGACAACAUGGGAAAGGACAAAGGAUCGCGCGCCAAGAUGAGUCGUCAACGAAACUUUAAGCAACGCAUCAUUUCGCUGCUGAAGCGGUUCAAAGUUCCCGACGAACUUGAGGGGGACGUUCCCGAACGGGGACCGUCGGGGCUGCGGGGCAAGCGCGAUCUGGACGCACUAUUUCAGGAGCUCGAGUCGCUGUCCUGCGGGGAGGGGGACGACUCCGGGCAGGACAUGGACAGCUUGUCGAUUGGAUCUACGCCAAAGCCAUCAUUGAGGCCAUUUUUCGAAAAUUCCAAACCGACGUUGCAGCACCAGCAGUCGGCGGUUCAGCUGAGCUCUCUGCAGAAAAGUAGCAAAGAUUUUAUGCCAGAAAAGAAAACCAUUUUAGAGAAGCGUGACUCACUCGCCGAAAAGAAAAGCAAUUCCGUAACGAUUGCCAAUAAUCUUAAUAAUAGUAUCAACAACAACAAUAUCAGUAAUAACAAUCAUACUAGCAAUUACAAUAACAGUCUGAGUAACAGCCAAGACCGCUCCGGUGACUGGAAAAACGAUAGCUCCGGAAACGAAGGUGGUGCGGGCAACACGGACCCGGAAGCGCUGUCAUCGGAUCCACAAAACACUGGCAGCCCGCCAAAAGAAAAGGAGCCAACCGCAGUCGAAAAGAAGAAUCGUCUCUUUCGCACCAGCAGCAGCACUCCAAACAGUGCCAAAAAGCAGAAGCAAUCGCUGAGCUUCUCGACGACGGGCGGUGACCAGCCCAAGGCUUCCCCGCUGGAGACGUGUCUGUCGCCGACAAACGUGGAACCGCGCAAAUCACUGCUCGAGCAGCUCUCGCGCACGUUCACAACGGAGGAAUCGCUGCUGCCGGAUGUGGUCACCAUCAUGGGUCCGCCGGAGGGCACCAGCAGUUCUUCCUUCACCCCAAGGCUCGUGUCACUCAUAUCAAACACCUUCCGGCCGACGUUCUCGCCGAACAACACGGCCGAGGUGAAGGCAAUCACGCAGGCACUGAUGAACAAGAUUCAAAAAUACUGUAAUUCGACCGCCAAACCACCCACUACAGUCAAGGUUCUGCUGGUUGGUGGAGAUUGGUUGCAAGGUGCCGUACUGCGUCAUUACGUUGAGCUGCUGGGAAUUCGACCGCCGGACUGGGUUAAUCAUAUCAGAUUCUACAUAAUACCACUAGGUUCCUGCGGCGUGGCUCGGUAUCUCAGCGUGGUCGACUCCAGCUACUCGAGCAUGUUUGGAACGGAAAACUGGCAGCAAAUCUGCGACCGGGCAGCAAACCUCGAAAGCGCACAAUCAAAGAACGAAUCGGCGGAAAUCAUCAGCCGGAUACAACGCUAUCUGCACUCGAGCGGUCCGUGCACCCAGGUGCCGAUUGCGGAAGCCAUGGUCAACUACCGGGACGAGGAUUCCUGUCAGAUUUUCGUACCGUUCAUCAGUGACGUCAGGAUAGGCUGCCAGGAGGGGCCGCAGCUUUCGCUAGAUCUCGAAGAAUCGUUCGCCCUCGGCGGGUCCGGUCAGAGCUCGGACCGCGUUCUGUCGAGCUCGCCUCCGCAGAGUGGUCGGGCGUCACCGCCGGCACCGCUCACCCCGGCCCCCGCGGUACAGCAAUCGAGCAGCGGCACGCACGAAUCGGUCGAGCUACAAGUGGACUAUUGGCCGCUGGCAAGGCCCAUCCUGGAUGUGAAGGAAAAGUCGCUGGGCAAGGGGCAGGAUCCGACCGGCAAAAACAGUAUUAAGAGCACCUUCAGGCAUCUGCAGGUUUGGAGAUUACCGCUGGCGCCCUGCAAUGGUGAAUACACCAACGGACUGACCUUGAGCUACGCCACCAAGGAAAAGAAGCAAAAGAGUGUCAUGAGGCUGGGCAAGAAGAAGGAGAAGGAUCGCGAUGCCGAGAAGGAGCAGUGCGUUGAAGGCGUAGCUCGGCUGAUUUGCUCUCCGAAGCAGUCUCAUCCGGUUCCGUUGCGAGUGUACAUUGACGGUACCGAGUGGACCGGAGUGAAGUUCUUCCAGCUGUCGUCCCAGUGGCAAACACAUAUCAAAAACUUCCCGAUCGCCCUGGUUGGAGCGCCGCUCGCCUCGGCGGAAAUGUUAACCUAGUCAGUUUCCUUGUCCGCUGCAGCAUCACCGCAGGGAUCGGUCCUCGCGUCCUCGCAACCGCUGACUGCCGGAAAGUCUAGCCAUAGUACGAAAGUCCGUUGCUCCUCUACGUCGUUCGCCGUAGCCGUGGGGGGAGUUGCCGGCCCGAGUGGUGUUCAAAAAAGCAGUAACGCCGCUAAAACUUUUAUCACUACUCGGGCCGCGGCGACCCUAGGCGGCAGUUCCUCUCGAAUUCUACGACCCCGUAGCUGGGCUCCAACGAGUCGGGCCGAUUAGUAAGAUCCUAGCUGUAGUACACAGUACAAUUGAUGUAUGUUGUUAGUACUGGAUGUGAUGUGUAGUUGCUAUCAUCCUUUACACAGGAUUAGUAGAGCAGCAGCAACGGAGGUCAUUUUUGGUUUUGUUCUGUGAAAUAACCCGGACAUGCGCUUUAUGUUCAGUAUUUUGGAUUUCUCUUUUCCCGUACUUUUAGUAAUUUCCUCACGGUAAUGUUGGGAUGAAAAACUGCUCACUACAUCGUUGUCUAUAUAUUUGUAAAAUAGUGAGAAUAGUCACAGCUCAAAUUGUUGUAAUAAAAUUAAAAUUGUGUUUCGUUUA